CCUAGCGAUGCUGCAGAUCCGCCUGAGUAAGAUCGGCUCGUCGGACUCCGGCGCCGCCGCCUCCGGCGCGACGGCCGGGGCUUCUGGCGGCGCCCCGGCCAAGUCCUCAGCGGCGGCGGUGGGCGGCGCUCCGGAGUCGGUGACGGUGGCGUGCCCCGACCACCUGAUCAUCGCGGACCUCGCCGUGGCGAAGAGCCUGGGCGCCGUCACGAACUCCGCCGUCGCCGCGACCCGUGCAAUCGGCCGCCGCUCCCGCCGGCCCCUAGGCGAGCGCGUCCACAUCUGCUCCCGCUGCGAGUUCCCCAUCGCCAUUUACGGUCGCCUCAUUCCUUGUGAGCAUGCUUUCUGUUUAGCCUGUGCAAGAAGUGAUUCCAGCUGCUAUCUUUGUGAUGAGCGCAUUCAGAAAAUCCAGACGGUGAAAAUGAUGGAAGGGAUUUUUAUCUGCGCUGCACCUAUGUGCCUCAAGUCUUUCCUUAAGAAAGCAGAAUUUGAGUCUCAUGUGCCUGAAGCUCAUGCCAACCUCCUCCAAACUAAUCCAGAGAAGGAAGAACGUAAUGAACCAGAUGCUCCGAACAACUCCCGUGCUUCUGCAGGAGAUACUCAGAGGCAAUCUCAAAUGCCUGAAAUUUCGACUGCACGUGCUCCUCCAAGACCUGGUGUCUCACCCACUUCAAGUUCACACAUGCAAGACCGUGAAGACAGAUCUCGUUACCACCAGUCCAGGGAGCACACCCCACUAAGGCCCCCUAUGCUAAGCAAACCGCCAUCAUUCCAUGGUCGCCACUCUUAUCCACCAGGAGAUAAUCAGUCUGAAAACAACCCACCUCAAGGAUUUGACCGGCCCUAUGGCUGGGCUCAUGACAGUACACCUGGGGCUACUCCACUUCGGCAAGAAUCUGACCAUGGUACUCAAGACAAGCAGCAAGUGAUGCCUAGUUCACCUUUCAUGUUCUCUCCGAUGCAUCCUCAUCAACAGAACUUCAUGAUGCACAUGAAUAUGAAUCAGCCUUUGAUGCCCAAUGCAUCAUUCAAUUAUCCUGUCCAACAAGAUGGAAAUCCACAGUAUUUCAGUGCUCCUUUCCAAAUGCAACUUCCAGAUGGUGGAUUGGAUCAAGGUUCCGUGUCGGGGGCUGAGGGGCUUCAGCGGCCAUGGGGCAUGGGUUUGAUGGGCAAUCCAUCUCAGGGAGUUGGCGGCAUGGCCUUCAUGCAAGCUGGUUUUGGGAUGAUGCCUGACAGCUCGAUGAAUCCAGGUAUGCAAGGUCAAGCUGACCGUGGUGGCGGUGUUCAAGAACCUAUGGUGAUGCAAAUGCAGAUGUCCCUUCCCCCACCUCCCCCUGCACAACCCCCCUCAGCUGGGCAGCAACAAACUUUCAACAGGCCGUGAUGAUUUUGUGCGGUAAUAUUUGUGGCUGCUGCCAAAAUCGUCAUGUUCUACAUUGGGAAAUUGUAUCUUUGCCAUUUUGGCGUGUAACUGAUGAGGACUCGAUGGCAGCCUGUAUUGUGCCACAAACGAUGCAAUUACAAUCAUGUUCUCAUUCAUUUGUGACAUGUUUUGGUUGCAGACUAUUGUGCUCUAAAUGAUGGUAGCCUGUUUUGCGCUACAACCGAUGCUGGUUCGAACAGAUGCUAAACUGAUAGGAGUAUAAAUUAUACUCGAAGUUGUAUGUUGUUCAGCACAAAAAAUGAAUCACGUCUUAUACUGUAUUUGGGAUGGAUGGAGUGUAUGAUAAGUGCACAUUAAACUGAA